AUGCUUCGCAAACGUGCUACUUACGAGAAGGCGAUAGUUUUUCCCAAUGACAACGAGAUCUUGGACGAAGACGACAAUGGUGCUAGAACUCGGUUUACGUGGCUGGACGUCUUACGAAUCGUCGGUGGGCUAGUCCUGCUGGGACUCAUUGCAGGUAAGUUCAUGACUGACUCAGUGACCUGGAACUACUGGUCAAGAUCCCGCAGUUUGGAAACUUUACGACAAAUUCCAAAGUUUUGGGAUGGCCAAACUUUGCCGCUAGAGUUUUCGCUCGAGCAGCUGCACACCUUUGAUGGCUCGAACCCGGAGACGCCCGUUCUUUUGGCAAUCGAGGGCCAUGUUUUUGACGUUUCGCGCAAGAGCGGGUUAUAUGGGCCCCGCGGAGCCUACCACAGAUUUGCAGGCACUGAUUGUUCCCGAGCGUUCAGUUAUAGACUAUGGAGUAUGCAGGGCCUUCGAGAACCAUGUAGCAGUGACCUGAGUGGGCUAUCGCCAGAAGGUCUUCAUCGCGUAGAUGAAUGGCUCGAGUUUUUCCAGCAUCGGUACCCUUACAUUGGUUAUGUCAAGUCUACAUGA